UGGCUCAGAUUUGCAUACCGAACCGGGUGGGUGCCGGCCCGGCCAUGAGGCUUGGGCCUUGGGCGUGGCUGUUGAUUCUCAGCUGCCAUGAUGUAGAGGCGAGCCGACACGUCGCCGCCCUGGAAGAGGAGGAGUCGUCCUACGUGGUAUUCCUGCAGACGCACCUGCAUGGGAAUCAGAAGCGGAACGUGACGUCGGCCAAUGGAACGUCUAGCAGCAUCAACAGAACUGCGACUCUCUUGAUGCAGAACCAGACUGCUGAGACACCGACGAAGGUCAGCUUGACAAGCAACCACAGCAAAAAAUCUUCGAAGGCCAAGACCAGCCUCCUACAACGUACCACCAAGGCAGUGAAGGUGCCAGGUUUCGGCGACUAUGUGAAGGCCUUUGCCGCUUUGGCUGCCGAGACGACAGCCUCCGUGGGUGAUGCACUGGGAGGUAGCUCUGAUGAUGAUGAAAAUCAGGAUGAGGCAGUUGGGACCUCUGCCGCAGUGGGUGCCACCAUUGGUGUUGUAGUUGGUGCAACGGUUGGCGUUAAUUGACACGGUACAAUGCCAGAACCGCUUUGUGAAAAGAGCUCCUUUCAGGGGCGUUUCUCGUUUGUCCAUGUUUGUAGGCUGCUUUUCGGAGCUUCUUUCAGCCCGGUUUAUAGUGCGGAAAGCAUUUCUCGACUAUCUUCAUGGCAGUUUCCCCCGGAGUCCUUUGUGCCUGUUAGAUUUGCUCCGUGUCUCAUGAAUUUCGCAGCUUGUGGGUCGAACAUGUACAGUCAACAUGGAUGUUCUGUGUCUUUCGGCCCAACAUAGCGUGCCUGUGGGAUCUAUGCAUCGCGCUGGUGCCCUUGAAGCCGUGACAGUGCCCACGGCCAUGUACAGCCAGGAGAUUGACUUUACUGGGAGCUCAACUGGCUCACAAGCUCAGGUCGGCAUCGCCAGCACAAAGAUUCCGGUGUCGAAGACGUUCAUUCACUUUCCAACUGAGCAGGACUGCAAGCGGAGGUGCUAUUCCGCUCCGCCCCGCAUCAGGGCAGCUGUUGCGAAGGCAAACGGCAGUCACGAUGAAGGGGGCUUGCAGUGCAGCAUGACCACAGAAGAGCGCCGGCAAGAUCAGUUGGAUGAUCACAACGCUGGGCUUUCGCCUCCUGAACAGCGGUUUCAGGCCAAUCAAGGACUGCUCCAACAGCCUGGGUCUCUUCCAACACCUUCGCAGGUGGUGGCUGGAGCUGCUUGCGCUUCCUCGGGCCAGAGCUCCUGUCCUUCAGCCCAGGGCGCUCAGAAAGAACAGGCCUUCCCUUGCGUCAUUUGGGGCACUUCGCAGCUAGGCUAUAAUGGCCAGAUAGUCUUGGUGCUUGCGCUGCGCACAAGAGAUGGAAACAAGAGAGCUCUUGCAGCAAUACCAUCUGCAGAAGGCAAGGUGCUUGAAAUCACAGCAGAUGUGCUGCGGCGACUACCUCGAGCAGACAGGCUGCCAGAAGCCACGUACUAUGCUUUCAGGACCAGUGAAGAUGAGAGGGAGACCAAAGGCAGAAUGUUCAGAAAAGCACAGACUGGGGAAGAAGAGGAACAAGGACAAACCCACGGCACGCUUCUUCUGGAAGCACUUGGUGGUUUGCACACGCAAGAAGUGGAUCGUUCACGCGUUUGUGAUCUAGGCUGCCCAGAAGAGAGGAAGGCAGCAGAAAGGGAGUGGGUCACCAGCUUGAACUCGCGGAAGGGAAAACUGCAUCAGAUCAAGCAAGAAUGGAGACAGAGAAUGCUAGAAGCAUCCUUUGGUGAGAAUCAUGAAGGAGAUUGCAGAGAUGGCACUAUCGAUCGGGCUGAUGCACUCUCUAUUCCAGUUUUCGACCACACUGUCGUCACCUCUUGGAGCUUCCGGCAAGCCAGAGGUGAGGAGACUUGGGAUGGGCUCAGUCAGGCUUCCACUGAUAUCCCCACUGAUUCUGAGUGCGAGCUACUGUUGUGAGCUGGGAUCAAACUGGCAAGUUUGCCAUCACUCCAGCUGCAAGUUUUCAGGAAAUAUCAGGGCAAUACUUGCCUGGAAUUGCCAUUCCGAUCUUCCCUCAAAGUCCUUGAAGUUGCAGGAAUCUAGAGGGCUCAAUUGGUUUGCAG